UUUAACAUUUCUCAGUUCAAAACAAUCUGUGGCACUGUAAAGUUCGCGUCUGUGUCAGUUGGAACGAGAUGUGAAAGAUUCAUUUAAAGUUGCUCAAGAUGGCACCCGGAAUUUGGAAAUUAAAAGAUCCACUUGGACUUCUAUUGUUGUUAUCGAUCGUACUCUUGGUAGAUCUUUGCCGUUCGGAUGAUUCAAAAGUACGAUGCAGUGUAGCUGUCGACGACGCUUUGGUCACGAUUUGCGUAAAUGGUUUCAAUACCAAGAAUUUGGGUGGACCGUUGCGGCGUCGUAGACAAGCAGGCUUAUUUCUGCCACCACAUAUUCUGCCUAACCAGUUCGUGCAGCUUGAUGCAAUAGUGCAUGCGAGAGGAAAACGCAAGCUAAGCUCCCGUUGGCGGCGAAGACAUCAAAUCACUGGUAAACGCAUGCGUCGCAAUUUGACCGUUAAAACGGGCGUUGUGGACGAGUGUUGUAAAAAUGGCUGUACAUAUUCGCAAAUUGGGUUCUAUUGCAGAAGACUUGCGGAAGCGAGAAAUUGAGUGUAGUUGUCAACAUGAAAAACUGUUCGAAAAAUUGUCUGGAAUACGUAAACAUAUUUUUUUCAUCAUUUCUAAAAGUAAAAUGCAUUAAAUAAUAAAAAAAUAAUAAUAUAGUUAUAUAAUAGUUAAUUUAAGGAUCACGUCCCUUGUUUAACUCACCUCCAAUCAAAUGAGCUCCGUGUGAAUACAUCUAAUAUUAUAUUUAGUACCAAAAAAAACCAUAAACAUACAGUCCUCUAUACUUGCAUAGUUAUUGUUUGUUUGUAAAUAAAGUAUCAUACAGUGUCUUGAAAGUAAAUAAUACCAAUUCAAAAAUAAAUAAAAACUUAAAAACUA